UUUUGUUUUUCAGUUCAUCUCUAGGCUAUUUCAUUUGCAGUUGUGUUUUUCAGCGUUAUUACUCAGAAUAUUGAAAUAAAGAUUAACGAAAUUUGAAAAACAAAUAUUAAAUGGCUUCCACAUCAAGACUUGAAAACAACAAGGUGUGCUGCUAUGCACAUCCCGAGGCUGCAUUAAUUGAAGAUUAUCGCGCUGGGGAUAUGAUAUGCUCGGAUUGUGGCCUGGUUGUUGGAGACCGCGUCAUUGAUGUGGGCUCCGAGUGGCGUACAUUUAGCAACGAGAAAAGUGGUGUCGAUCCAAGUCGUGUUGGUGGCCCGGAGAAUCCACUCCUCAGUGGCGGUGAUUUGUCGACAAUAAUUGGUCCUGGCACCGGCUCGGCAUCCUUUGAUGCUUUCGGCGCACCAAAGUAUCAAAACAGACGCACAAUGAGCAGUUCAGAUCGUUCCCUGAUAUCUGCAUUCAAAGAAAUUUCAUCAAUGGCCGACCGAAUUAACUUACCAAAAACUAUUGUUGAUCGUGCAAAUAAUUUAUUCAAGCAGGUACAUGAUGGAAAGAAUCUUAAAGGUCGUUCAAAUGAUGCCAAGGCAUCGGCUUGUCUGUAUAUUGCCUGUCGCCAGGAAGGCGUUCCACGCACAUUCAAGGAAAUCUGUGCAGUUAGUAAGAUAAGCAAGAAGGAAAUUGGUAGAUGCUUUAAACUGACACUCAAAGCACUCGAGACAAGUGUUGAUUUGAUUACCACUGCCGAUUUUAUGUGUCGUUUCUGUGCCAAUUUGGAUCUUCCCAAUAUGGUGCAGCGGGCUGCUACGCACAUAGCGAAAAAAGCUGUGGAAAUGGAUAUUGUACCUGGUCGAUCGCCAAUCUCUGUGGCAGCGGCAGCCAUUUACAUGGCAUCCCAAGCGUCGGAGCAUAAACGCAGUCAGAAGGAAAUUGGUGAUAUUGCCGGAGUUGCCGAUGUAACAAUUCGUCAAUCAUAUAAGUUAAUGUAUCCGCAUGCAGCGAAGCUAUUCCCAGAUGACUUCAAGUUUACUACGCCAAUUGAACAGCUUCCCCAAAUGUGAAAUAUUUCACAAAUAAAUUAACGAUGCUCAAUUAUCAUUUAUAUACAUAUAUGUUCAGAAACAUUGAUUGCAACAUUAGCAACAUGAAAAUACUUUUGUAGGGCAAGUCUAGUUUAUAACAUGAAUUACUAUAUUACUAUUAUAUUCGCAAGACAAAUACGAUUUUAUUCAUAUUAAAAUGCAUAAAUGCAAAUGAAUUCGCAACA